AUGACAGAUCAUUUGACAAAGAAUGGAGGCGAUGUGUGGUACAGAAAUCCAACACCCAAUACUCUGGGUGAGUCGCCAAUCUAUCGAGAAAGUGACUCGACCUUGCAUUGGAUCGAUAUACUCGCAAAACCCUGUACGGUCCAUAUUCUCAAAAUAGAUCCCACCACCGGUGAUGCUAUUGGCUCUGCCCGCGUCCUCGAGGUCCCAUUAGAUUCAAUCCAUGCACUUUACUUUCGUCGAGAUGUGAAGGGAAGUUACAUUGUUGCGUAUCGCCAAGGGAUUGCGUUUCUGGACGAGCAGACGGGAGCAAUAGAGGUUGUGAAGAAGCUUAUUGGGGACGAGGAACAGGGGAUGAAUUCCAACGAUGCUGGGGUUGAUCCCCAAGGAAGAUUUUGGUUGGGAGAUGUGGAUGCUUCUGCUUUCAUGAAAGGAACUGAGCCGAGGGGAAAGUUAUGGAGGUACGACCCAGAUGGAAGUUGCACAGUCAUGGACACGGGAGUCAUAUGUGGUAACGGAAUUGGCUGGAGCCCGGAUAGCAAAUAUAGUGAGUUUCUGGACUAGUUUCUCACAAAGAAAACGAUAUUGAUAUUUUGAACAGUGUAUUUCAAUGAUACUGGACCUAAAGUUGUUUGGAGAUAUGACUUUGACGGCAAAACGGGAGAUAUCUCCAACAAAACGAAACUCAUUGAGGGGACAGAUUUUCCACAAGGGGGCGGCAACGAUGGAAUGGUCAUAGAGUAAGCACAACGCCCUCAAUUGUACCCCCUCCUCUGAGACAUACAUAACAUUGAUACGUGAAUAGCGAGACCGGUAACCUCUGGAUUGCCAUGUGGGGGAUGAAUGAGGUUAGAGUGUAUUCGCCGGAAGGGAAGCUGUUGCAGUCCAUCCAAUUCCCAGCGAAAUGUAUGACAUGUACUACGUGGGGGGGUAAAGACAACGACAUACUCUUCGUGACAUCUGCUAUUCCGUUCACCGGCCCCGAAGCAGGAGAUGAAGGCGGUCAUGUUUUUCGAUACAAACCAGGUGUGAAGGGGCUGCCCAAGUACAGUUUCGCCGGAUAAGGGGGAAAUUGGUGCAGGUCCAGUGUCUAAGAUUGUUCCCAUCUUUCACAUUGAUGUCGAGU